ACACACUCUUAGGAGAAUUCAGUGUUGCUGGUUAAUCUGCAAGAGCUGUUGGACCUUCUUGCUGUUAGCAGCAAAAUCAGACGUCGAGUUUUGGUAACCCUAACUAGCUUGUCCAUGAUCUUCACAGCAGGUCCAGGCUUAAUUUAUUUACGUUUCUUUAACACGAUAACUUGAUGUUUUUAUUUGGAUGCGCUUAAUUUGAUUAUUUGUCACAACAAAUCUCAGAUUUUUAUUUUAUGUUGGAGGGUGUGUUUUCUUUUUUCAGUGUAUCAAUGUGCAUUUCCAGUUGCUAAUGCAUGCUCUGACAAUCCAAUUAAAAACAAACCAACAUCCUCUUUGGAAGAAGAACUCAAAAAUACAGCCGUUGUCUGUGACACAACGUUCUAGUUUUAAAAUAGAGAAAUUCGUCCCUGGAUCCUCAGCUCAUCAGAUGAAACUUAAACAUUAUUUGACUGAAAGUUCAACCACUUCUGAGAAAGAGCCAUUGAUUUCCAUCCUUUUUGACAUACUACGACGAAGGACGACUAUCAGUCUGAUGGCGGCUCUGACUGAGAACAUGCUGACAGUCAACAUGUUACUGAGCCUCUUCUUUCUUCCAGGUGCUUUGGCUAACGACUGUGGGAAGAAUAUACCAGCCCUCAGGAUCACUACACCGAAUAACAUGGAAGCUCUGACUGGAUCUUGUUUGCAAAUCCCAUGUACCUAUAACCCAACGGAUUCUACAUAUGACAGCAGUAAAACUAUCUAUGGAAUUUGGAUGAAAGGUGGUGUAAAUUAUGGCAAUGAUAGAGAUAAAGUUAUUUUUGACAGCAGUGGGUCAAUUAACAUCUAUUCACUGAAUAUUACUGGAAACCUGACAGAGAAAAACUGCACCACUCUGUUUCCUAAUCUAACAACAAAUCACACAGACAAAUACUUCUUCAGAGUUGAGAACGGUGAAUACAAGGCAUCAGCUUGUGCUGAUCCUCUUCACAUAACAGUAAGAGUUGGGGAUGCUUACUUCAUCCUCACUGUCAACUAUGGAAGUGGCAGCAUCAUGAUGUGGGACUGCUUGCUGCAGGAGGAAUUGGUACCCAUCAUAAAACUCAUGGCAUCAUGA